GAUGUGAAGUGUAGUGGGAACUGGAUGUGGGCUGCUAAACUGCCUGGGGAAGGUGUGUGCCUGUGGGAGGCCUGCAGAGCCAUGUGUGACGUCAUGGGUCAGCUGGGAGUAGCCAUCGACGGCGGCAAAGACUCACUUAGCAUGGCAGCGAGAGUGGAGGAUGAGACGGUCAAGGCUCCAGGUGCUCUGGUUAUUUCUGCAUAUGCUGUUUGCCCUGACAUCACUGCCACUGUGACUCCUGAUCUUGAGGAUCCCGAUGGCAAAGGUGGGAUAUGCUGACCAACAAAAAAACAA